UUCCGUGCAUGUGAUCCGAGGGCCAGUUUUUGCGCGGGUUGUACCGACUCUCUUCACAAAGUGCGGUUAGGGCUAUUGUUAGUAGGCCUAUUGCGUACAAGUGAAACUGCUUUGUUCUCGCUUCCUACGCACUGAAUGUCGCGACCACCCGACAGGCGUGCUUGCGAGAAGGCAAGCAGGGAGACAAGGAAAGUUAUUAAUGUUUUUGCGAAAGAAGGAGUUCAGGGGGGUUGUGAAAGUAGCCGGCAUGACUCGGAGCAAAUGGCAUUUGUUCAACCUCUCGAAGCACCACGUGACAGCGGUGGGAACAGCUUAGAAAAUUUAAAUCGCUCAAUCGCGGGAUUUGAAGAGCAUUGUUACGAAGACUUCACGUCCGUAGACGCAGAUGACAGGGAACAGUGGGCAGAAGUCAAUUUUGAGUCUUGUAGUAGUGAAAGUGAUAGUGAAGAGCGCACAAGCGUACAUGACGGACUGCAGGAUUCCUUGCGUGAAUGGGCAAACGAAUAUGGUAUCAAAAGAAGGGCGUUAACAGCUUUGCUGAAGACGUUAAGGACACAGGGGGGACUUCAUCAGUUACCGGAGGAUGGUCGUACACUUAUGCAGACCCCUCGAAAAAACCUGGAUGAAUUUCCCAUUUGUGCUUUGGCGCCAGGAAAGUAUUGUCAUUUCGGAGUUGCUGUGGGUCUUCAGCGUUCAUUGUCUCAUGUAGAAAAGCUGCCAGCUGUAAUUCCACUCUCAUUUAAUGUAGAUGGCCUCCCCUUGUCAAAGAGCUCCAAAAUGCAACUGUGGCCCAUACAGUGCUUACCCCGUGGUUGCGGCAAUGUGCCCCCAUUUGUUGUGGGUGCGUUUGCUGGACAGUCUAAGCCAUCCUCGUCUAAUGAUUUCCUGAGGCCUUUUGUUCGAGAGCUGCAAACUUUGCUUGUGCAAGGUGUGAAUAUCAAUGGCGACACUGUUCAGGUGACAGUUGCCUCGGUCAUCUGUGAUGCUCCAGCGCGAGCUUUCGUUACUAUGACAAAAGGCCAUGGAGGGUACAGUGGUUGCGCAAAGUGUACAGUCGAGGGAUCUUGCAUCAAUGGAAAAGUAGUAUUUUGCGACAUGGACUGUCCGUUACGAACGGAUGAGAGUUUCAGGGAGCAGCAUGAUGUUGAACAUCACAAGGGAGAAUCUGGCCUGUUGGACCUGCCCAUUGACAUUGUAAAUGACCUCCCACUUGAUUACAUGCAUCUUGCAUUACUGGGUGUCAUGCGGAAAUUGCUCCAGUUGUGGAUUUCUGGACCACUGCGGGUUCGUUUGGGACCUCUGGAUAGGCACACAUUCAAUGAGAAGAGCAAGCUGCUAAAUCCUCACAUCCCUAGUGAAUUUCCCCGUAGGCCACGCGGACUCGAUGAGCUCGACCGCUGGAAGGCGGUUGAGUUCCGACUUUUUGUAUUCUACACAGGCCCGUUGCUUCUCAAGUUCUGCCUUCGAGAUGAUCUAUACCAGCACUUUUUGCUGCUCCAUGCGUCGUUAUCUAUACUUGCAAACAAGGAGCUGUGUCGUGAGCAUGCUGGUUAUGCCGAUGAGCUCUUGAGAUGCUUUGUUUCACAUUUCCGCGAAUUGUAUGGUGACGAGCAUGUUUCUUUCAACGUGCACAGCCUCAUACAUCUUGCUUCUGAUGUUAAAAUACAUGGAGAGCUAGACUCCUUCAGUGCCUUCCCAUUUGAGAACAACAUGCAGGUGCUCAAGAGGCAGUUGCGCAAGCAUGGAAAACCCUUGGAGCAGCUGCGCAACAGGAUGGUAGAGAGCCAGUCUUGGACACGCAGACAGACAUGGGAUGAAAUUCCUGUACAUUUUAGCCGUCCUCACAGUCGAGGAGAACUGCUGCCGGAAUGCUGCCCUCCUGAAUAUGAAAGGCUGUCAUGGGAUGCUUAUACAAUUGCAUUGUCUAAAAGAGACAACUGCUUUUCACAGGAUGGCCAUGUUGUUCUGGCAAAAAACAUAGCCUAUAUCAGAGGGUCUAAGCAGCCAUGCAUAAUUGGCCAAGAGUUUCUCAUCAAGGAAGAUUUCUAUUCUUUACCCUUUGAGUCUUCCAGAAUGGGCAUUUAUGUUGUAUCAGGGCUAUCGGGCCUGAAGCCUUGGUCCCUGCACAACCUCCAAAAAAUGGUGAAGCUGCCACUGAAUGGAAAGUUUCUGGUUAUUCCAGAGCUUCACACAAUUUAAAGGCCUAGAUUUAGCUAGCAUUCGCAGAAACUUCAAAUAAUAUCUGCAAAUUUAUAGAGGUUGGUGUAGUGCAGUUUAAUAAUCCUGAAGUUUUUGCAGCCCUUAGUGGCUUACCUUAAGUAACGUUUAGUUAUUUGUGAAACAUGCAGUGAAAAGGAGGGUAACAGUGAGCAAUGAAAGAAAUAAGCCUCAAAUAAUCCUGUAAUUAACCCGUGCACACUCACUGUAGGGCAGUUCACCGCACAGUCCUAUUCUGCUCAACCAUAUUUCCACAGAUGGCUUAUGUGAUCGCUGAGUUCGUUGAGGACAAACAGGUGGAGGUGGUGCCAGUGACCUGGGUGGAGGGUGACAAGUGUGCGUGGCCCGACAACCUCAAAGGCAACAGAGUGACAUCCUUAGUAAAGAAAUCUGUACCAUCAGACACCUUCUGGAAGUGCUACAGCGUAGCAGUGAAAGGGGUAUUUGCAACAUAUGAACAAGCAAGGGCCAAACUUAAUGACAGCCAGUAUACAUCAGACCUGGGCACAGGAUCGGAAAUGUCUCAAGGAAAAAUGACAAGGAGGCCACCAGCUCAGUGGUCUGACUCGGAUGAGCCUGACACACCACCGCCACCCAAGAAGCCCAAGCAAAGCUCCAGCAAGCAAAUUCCAGCUCCACCAAGCAACUUCCCACUAGGCCUCUCUUCUGCUUCUGCAGUGCAGCAAGACAGCUGUGAAGAGUCUGAAGGUUCACUGCAAUCACUCUCUGCAGAUGUGAAUGACAUGCCGCAAGGUGGUGCAGGUGGCCCUAGUUCACACAGUGCAGAUGGCUCCAGAUCACACACUGCAGGUGGCUCUAGCUCACACAGUGACCAACGGACUUGUGUACCCUCAGGUUCCCCUGACGAACUUUCAAACAAUAUUGCUGCAAGACGGAUGACAGAAGGCAGCACUAACGAUAUUGAAGACACCAUCAAGUCGUGGCUAAGGCAUGCUCCAGAAAGGGCCGGCAGCCAUAAGAAGCCAAGCGCUGAGGUCUGCCUGCCUCAAGAAUAAGUGGAGGCCAUUCCAUUGUAAAGCACUGCAGCUAUGACCUGAAGACUGCACAGGCAUCAGAGGCUGCUUGGUUGUGGGCGUGUGCAUCUGGUGGAACUUAGGGGAUCUGCUGGGCUACGCCAAGGCAUGUUUCGUGGACUAGAGGCAGCUACUCAGGGAUUUUUUUUUUAACUUUGCACAGUGCAAUUGCAGAAUUUUUUUUCAUGCAUUGGAAGGAUUCUGCCUGUCAUCUGCAUUGUCAAAUCACUUGCAAAGUCAUGCUCUUGCUAGGCUCCAUCAAUAUGGUUUUGUGCAGAAUUUGUGUGCAAGAACUUUUUAUUGUUUUUGUUUUUUAAUGUCAUGGCAGUCUUCUGUAUUGGUGAAAUUGCUACCAUUGCAAAGCCAUGGUUUUCUGAAAUGCUGUUAUUCUGCUACUGUACAAAACUUGUGUGCGAAAUACUUACAUUAGACGCAAGAUCUUUUUUACCUCAAUAUUUCAGAGUAUUUCUGUUUGUUCUGUAUGUGCAUCUACAUGUCCACCCAUUGUUAGCAUAAACACACCAGUGCAUGGUUCGUGCACAAUGCAGUGCACAAGCGGCAAAAACCACAUGCAUGUGUGAAACGCUAAGGCAGUGUAUUCCGUGGGAUCGUUGCCCAGAUUUCUCUGCACAGAAGCGGUUGGCUUGCCAGGAAUAAAUUUGACUGUUUUGCAGUCUUGCUCAUCUGCCUGAGACCUAGCUCGCAAGGAGGAUCCUGAAUCCUUUGCUUGUAUCUGUAGGCCACCGUCGUAAGUGGCACAUUCACUGUUGCAUAAAUGCCACGCUUACUGUAGCCCUGCUGUGAAGUGUCCACAAUCUGUCAUCUUUGCAUGGCUGUGAGAAUCCCAGCCAUUUCCUGUUUCUGAGCGCAAGGAAUGAAAAGACUGCGACGCAUGCCUUAGUGGCAAUUCAGAGGAACCCUCAAAAGACCAAAUAAAUAUGUUAGCUUUUUUAUCCUGCAAUUGCAGCUUGGACUGACCCCGACAUAUACGGGCAUCACUGAAGCAUGCUGUGCAUAAGUAUAGCAAACAAGCUGCUCCUGUUGCAUUAUGCUAGUGUCGUGUUCUGCCGUGCUCUAUCUGUGAAAUGAACACAUACUGGCCUAUUGUGUGAUAACGUCACUGUGGUGUACUAUUGUGGAAACACAUGCUGGUGUGUUCAUGCUACCAGUGGGCUAAACCUUGGACCUUACUGGAAAUAGUAAAGGCCAGCCACUCAUUGCAAAAAAUGCUGGACAGGCCUUUCCCUCUUGCCUUUUUGUGUGCUUGAUGGUCUGAGAAUCGCCUCCAUUGCAAAGACAUGCUUUUGUAAGAUGCUAUUAUUUUUCCUUUGUCCAAAGCACUUUUUGUCACUGGAUCUUGAGGGUUUUUCUAACCUCUGCCUUUAUUCUGCAUGUUGCUGCCUCUGCAAAGCUACCCCUUCGUGAGACCAAUAUUGUGCCUGUGUAAAAUAACUUGUGAGAGCUUUUUACUUUAUAUAUUUUUUAUGUCAUGGAAGAUUCCUUUUAUAUUGCUGCUGCUGUAAAGCCAUACUUGUGGGACUAUUGUUGCGCAUAUGUAUAGACUUUUGUGCAAGAUACUUUUAGCAAGACCAACUUUUUUUUAAUGUUUUGGUCAUCUGUGUCCUACACUAUGAGCAUCUUGCUUAUAAAAGCAAGGAUGCACUUUAUUGAAGUGCUCUUAGUGUGUUUUAGUACAGAACUUUUGUGCAAGAUACUUUUAUGAUAUAUUUUGUAUUAUGGGAGGAUUCUAGUCACUUUCGUGCAUAUGUAAGUUGCUUCCAGUGAAGUGUCAUUGUUCUUUGUACAAAAGAACUUUUCUGUGAAGUCUGAUGGGUACGUCUACAGUUUUACAAGGUAGAAGUGCUACCACAGUCUAUAUGCAAGUUUAACAUCUAGUCAUUGAGCCAAUGAAACAGCCAGUUUGUUUUUGCAUCAUGUGCAUUGCUGUUGUUGCAAAGAUGCCAUUAUGUGCCUUUUUGCAAGAAAAUGUGUGCAUAGUCAUUGUGCCAGAUAUUUCUUGUUCUCUUGUACUGUUUGUUUAGUUAUAUUUGUGAUAUCACAGUUCAGGUACCAAUGCAGUCAGUUUAUUCUAGUCUUUUUCCUUUAUAAAGUGUAUGUACAUCACUGCAUUAAGUUGACAAUUAGAAUUUUUCUGUGUUAAGGUCACUUCAAGAAGCAUCUUUAGUUCUCUUCUGUGCCCCUGUACUGAUCUUGUCAAUGUCAACAUAUACUCCUGCUGGCAUCUUUUGUGAUUUUCAAUUUAUUGUGGGUCCUUAUGGGCAUUUCUUUAAUGUGUUCAGGCACAGGUUAUGUUUUGCUGUGCCAAGCACACAGGCAUGUUCUUACAGUAUGCUUUUUAAAUAAAGAUCCAAUGUUUCUGCAGUUUAUGCGCAAGUCUAUGCCUCAGUUAGGCCAUCCUAAAAAGCUGAGCAAGUUUUAUUAAAAGGCUUAUUACAUCAUUUGAAUUCACAUUCAUGCAGCUUAAUAUCUACAACUUUGAUGACUAUUGCAGUUGAUACAUAAUGCAUAUUCUGGCUUAUUCUGUGCAUUUGGAAACUGCACAUAUACAUUUCUGAUGCCUGUGUACCAAUGGAACUUGCAUUAAAUAUGUUGAAUGUGCCAGUUUGCAACAUGUGCUUCUGCCGUGGA